AUGUUCCUCCUGGUCUGGUUGGCUCUCUCAGUGCCGGGUACCUCGCCAUCUUCCGGGCCGGAUACCAAGGCUAUCUGUUCGGUAUGUUCGUGCGUGGCAAUCGAACACAUCUUGUACAUCUCCUGCGACAAAGGCAGCAGUUUGUAUAGACCGAGCGAGCUCAGACCCCCGGCUGCCAGUAUGUACCACCUCAACCUGCAGAACAACCUGCUGGGCACCCUGUACCCACAGAGUUUCACCAACUUCACCAACGCCAUCUCGCUGCAACUCGGCAAUAACAAACUGCAGGAGAUCCAAGCGGGAGCAUUCCAGGGACUGACUCACCUCAAACAGCUCCACCUCAACAACAAUGAGCUGCAGUUAUUGCGAGCUGAUAUGUUCCUGGGCCUGGAGAACCUGGAAUACCUACAGACCGACUAUAACCUCAUCAGGGUCAUCGAGAGGGGCACCUUCAACAAGAUGCACCGUCUGAAAGUGCUAAUCCUGAACGAUAACCUGAUCUCAUCGCUGCCAGACAACAUUUUCCGCUUCGCCUCUCUCACCCACCUGGACCUGCGUGGGAACAGGUUGCAGAAUAUCCCUUAUAUCGGGGUGUUGGAACAUAUAGGCAGGAUUGUGCAGUUUCAAUUGGAGGACAACCCCUGGGAUUGCUCGUGCCAUCUGCUGGCAUUGGCCAGCUGGCUGGAGAACAUGCCCUACCACCUGUACAUUGGGGAACCAGCCUGUGAGACACCUGCUCAGCUCAAUGGCAAGUUACUGAAGGACAUGACCAAACGGGAGCUGUGUCCCGAAGAAACCGAUGAUCCCCCAGACUCCAGCCUGCCCCCACCUUUCCAGCUGAACCCCCGAGUGACCCGCCGCCCCCAGCCUGCUCCCAGGACCCCCACCAGCCCACCCAAGAGGUCCCAGUCUGGGAUAGUCUCGGGCAAAUUCCUCUCCAGCAACCGCAACUAUAGCCAAAUCGCGUCGUUCCAAACCCGGGCACCGGCGCUAGUCCAAUGCCCGGCCCGGUGUGACUGCCAAAGCGACUCGUCAGACCUGGCACUGAGUGUCAACUGUCAAGAGAGAGGGAUCGAGAGUGUGAGGGACCUCCUGCCUACACCGGGGAGUGCCAGCCAACUUCUCCUGAGCGGGAACCACAUCAGGGAGAUGGAGAGCUCGGAGUUUCGGGGUUACGAGGGAUUGGAUCUACUCGAUCUGGGCAACAACCGGAUCUCUGCCAUACACAAAGGGGUCCUGAGUAACCUAACCAACCUGCGGAGGCUGUUUCUGAACGGUAACCAGAUUGAGAAACUCUGCCAAGACAUGUUCCUGGGGCUGCACAACUUGCAGUACCUUUACCUGGAGUACAAUCUCAUCAAGGAAGUGCUGGCGGGCACGUUUGAUUCCCUGGCCAACCUCCAGCUGCUCUAUCUCAACAACAACCUGCUGAAGGGUCUGCCAGCCUACGCUUUCUCGGUGGUGCCCCUGGCCAGGCUCAAUCUGAGGAAUAACCAUUUCAUGUACCUCCCAGUCAGUGGUGUGCUGGACCAGCUCAGAUCUUUGAGCCAAAUCGAUCUGGAAGGUAACCCCUGGGACUGUACCUGUGACCUGGUGGCCCUGAAACUCUGGGUAGAGAAACUGAGCCGGGCCACCACAGUGAAGGAGGUGAGGUGUGAGACACCGGUGGAGUUUGCUGGCCUGGAUUUGAGGGACCUGAAAAGCGAGGUGCUGUGUCCCAGGCUCUUGAGCAAAGGUGUAGCGGUGAGCCCUAGUCCCAAAACUAGCGUAGCCCCUGGAGCCCCCCCUCUGAACCUGAGCAAGGCUAAUGCUGGGGGUCCUGUACCCCUCUCCAUCCUUAUCCUCAGUAUCCUGGUGGUGUUAAUCCUCACUGUAUUUGUGGCGUUUUGCCUCCUGGUGUUUGUCUUGCAAAGGCACAAGAAAGGCACUGCCAAACACGAAGCGGUAGCAAACCAAGAGUGUAGCUCCAUGCAACUCCAUCUGAAGGAGGGAGAGCAGCCGGCAGCCCGGGAAGAGGGCACCGAGCCGGGCACAGCUGGCAAAUUCAUGCCGCAGACCAUUGAGCAGCUCAGGAAGACUUACCCUGGCCCUGAGCAAGGGAGCCCAUUCGCAGACCCCCAAGGCCAGACCAUCUUCCUCAGGAAUGUCAGUGACAAGGACAAGAAACGACUGAGCACCAUCGAUGAAUUGGACGAGUUGAUCCCCAGCAGAGAUCCCCACCUGCUCUACCGGAAUCUGGUCGAGGGCAAACAGGAGAUUAAUAGCAUCGGCUUCGAGUUACAAUACCCCGAGAAACAGGGCGAAAUGAAAAAACUGAAGAAAUCUCUGCUGGGGGCGAGCCAUUCCAAAAUGCUGAUGGAGCAGCGCAAAGGGGAAUGUUUGGAACUAAAAACCAAACUCCAGGGAACCCCAGAUUACUUGCAAGUUCUGGAGGAACAAACAGCUUUGAGUCAGUUGUAG